AAACAUGUUUAUUUAUUUCAGAAAGAAAAAAAUGGCUAGAUAAGUUACCGACAGUCCGUAUAAUUAUAUAAAGCCCACAUAUAUUUCUAAAUUAGAGACGAGAAGGACGAGUAUGGAGAAUAUUGCAUCGUCGUCUCGUCUGGAGUCUAAUCCUGGAGAUCAGUCCUGGAUCCAUCCUAGAAAACGAUCCAACCUUCAUCUGAAGUAUUCAGUCGAAUCGGAGGAAGAACCUGUUUUGAAAAUAUUCAAACCAGAACCGGAGGAAAAUAUCGCGAAAGAGAGCACUUCACAGGAACAUCAAACAGUGACUCUUAUUCCGUUGGAAACAAGUGAUGCUGACCAGGAAAUAAAGUACAAGGUUGAGGUCAUACAAGAAACUAUCGUUAAACCUUACUCAUGUGCCAUGUGCGAAUAUAAGACACGAUACAAGAGUGAUCUAACAAAACACAUGAAAAGCGUACACGGCGGCAUUAAAAAGAUGUGUAAAGAGUGUGGAAAGCAUGUUUCAAACAUGUCUGAGCAUGUGCGAUUUAUUCAUACGCAAACGCGGAAUUAUAAAUGUUCUCAUUGUGAGUACGCAUGUGUGAAGCCAGGAGAUCUUAGGAAGCACAUAGGCUCGGUGCAUACAUUUAAAGUUCAUCAACAGCAAAAUGAGCAACGUAAUUAGUCAGAUUAUUGUUAUCAAAUAUUUAAUUGUUGUAAUAAUAUUAUUAAAUUGUUUGUAAGUUUGUAAACAAAUAUUUGCACGAUAUGGAUUUAAUGUAAUUAUGGUCUACGUUUUUCAGGACCCAACACUACAAUUCUACUUAAAAGCAAUUAGUCAAUUUGUGAAUAAUAAGUGUCAUAAGGAGAGAAAAUUAAAAUACGGCAUCAAUGCGUUGAAUUCUUAAGUUCAUAUGAUAUGAACUGAUAUUUUAAGAUUUUCCCUUUUUUCUUGAUUUGAAAUGAACAAUAUUUACCAAUACAAACAUAUUAUAGAACAAAACUAUAAAAUUGGACGGACAAGAGCUUGGAGAAUUUGACUCUUUACUUAAAUAUAGAAAAUACUUCUGUUAUGAUUGUAAAAUGAAUUAAGUUUUAAACCAAAACUUUGAUCAAUUUAUGUUAAUUUUCUGAUUUUAGAAUUUUGUCCCGUAUAUACGGCUACCCGCUAGAAACCUACCUCAAAAUAUAUCUAAGCCCUCCUUCAGGCUCCCCCCCCCCCCUCACAUAGAUUUAGUCACAUUUUCCUUUAUCUUCAGAAUGUUAUACCAAUGCUACCACCCCCCCCCCUCUAUACUGGCCUAGUCUUGACACUGCUGUUAUUAAAACCAUUGUUGUUAAAUGUUAGAAAUUAAUUUUGAUGUAUUUGUCCUUUCCUAACAAUAUAAAUGUUUCUUUAAUA